ACAACGGUGGAGCGCGGGCAUGCGAUCGAUUGAAGAUUCCCGCGUCACAAUCGUGGCGCCUUCAUUUACAACAUCGACCGCCAUGCUCGCCUCCAGCAAGCCCGUUCAGAUGCUCGCAGUGACUGAGUCGUGGACUGAUAGGUCGCCUCGCAACUACUCAUGUCCCCCGCUCUUCUCUUCUCCGUCAAAGCGUGCUCGCUACCUUCGCAUCUGACGCAAUAUGGCGCCACUGACCUCAAUCGAUAUGCUGCACGCGCGGGUCGUGCUGCUCGAUCUUGACUUGCUCAUUCGCCACUCGACGUCUACGCAAAUGCCGGUCUCACUACGGAACUCCUCCCAUCACCGAAAUCCCUCAGACGUCCCGCUGCGCCAGCUGGCGCCUAUUUCGUCACAACUGAGAGCCCGGGAGUGUGUCACCCAUGUACGAGGGACGUUAAACGCAUCAGUCAAUCUGUCAAAAGAGGCGAAAAGAGGCCUUGUUUGUCACUCACUCACGAGCCAAUCGAGUCUGCAUCAUGGGGCGCGACUCGGAAUUGAAAUAAGCAAGCAGACGCGCUUCGGCUCCGAAGAUUGCGGUCGCAUCUCGGUGCUUUCCCUUGCUUAUUGCGCACAUGACCUUCGAGGUCUUGCUCUGGUCAUCGCGGUGGCUUGUAUAAUGGAGGAUACGUCAGCGGUCAAGGCAGGCCGUGCUGCUUGCGCUCCGGAUCCGUCACUAAGGCGCUCGCGCGCUCGCGCGCUCGAGCUCUACAUGGCUCUCAUAUGAGACUGCUGCCUCGGCGCCCGCCCACCCGGGGGUUUCACGGCCAACUCGUGACUGCCGCGUCCAUGUCCAGUAUCUUUGGGAUCCAUCGAAGCCAUGCCUUGCCGUCACAAGACCUUGUUGCCGCAAUGAAACGUUCUUUUGGUCGAAUCAGG